GGCCAGACUCUUCGGUCGUCCGGAGCUCGUCUAUGCAUCGGUCAAGUCGCCUGGUCCGUGGAUCGGCUCUGUCCUCUGCCCUCAAGUCUCUUUCUUGUUGGCCUGACAACCGCGAUUCGUCUCUUUUCCUCUCUCAUGCUCCCGCUCCUUCUUGACUUGCAUGACCCAUCGCCCCACCGACCGUCUCUCUCGAGUGGGACUCGCCUCAGUUCAGGCUCGAGCUCGGUGCCUCCUCUGUAA